CUACUUUUAACUAUUUAUGUACUUAACCUGUAGAAAUGUUUACAAAAUGAGUAUUAUGUUCAUGUUUUAAACUACUGUUGUAAAAUAGUGUUAUGGAGACAGAAACGAUUGUAAUUAUAAGAUGAACAUAGAUAUUAAAAAAAUUCUUUUUAAAGGAUCAGCGUCAAUAUAGUACUAAAAUGAAAAAUUAUUUUUUCUUAAAAUUUGCAAUAUGUUCUGUACUUCUCUUUAUUUAUUGUGAGUGGUUCAAUUACUAUGUUGUUCUUUUUCAAUGUGAAUGGCCAUCUCUUGAAUAUGUAAAUCCAACUUCCUCCAAAAAGAAUGUGCAGCCAGUUAAAUUCAUGGUAUUUACAGAUACCCAUUUACUUGGAUUCAGAAAUGGACAUUGGUUUGAUAAACUUCGUCGUGAAUGGCAAAUGUAUAUGACCUAUAAAGCUGCACUAUAUCUCCAUGCACCUGAAUUGGUAUUUGUUCUAGGAGAUUUAACUGAUGAGGGCUACUUCUGUAGUCCUGAAGAAUUUGAUUAUCAUGCUAAAAGGUUUUAUAAAUUAUUCCCAAUGUCAAAGCAUACAAAAGUGUAUGUUGUUGCAGGAAAUCAUGAUAUCGGUUUCCACUACAGUGUUACUCCUUACAAAAAUGAGAGAUUCAUUAAAGCAUUUAAUGCAAGUGGUGUUCAGUUGAUAACAGAAAGAGGAAAUCAUUUCCUUAUGAUAAAUAGUAUGGCACUAGAAGGUGAUGGUUGCUCUUUUUGUCAGACAGUUGAAAGAGAACUACUCAAAAUAGAGAAGCUUUUAAAAUGUUACAAUGAUUCUAAUGUAUGCCCACCAAAUAUUAAAAGAGAAAAAUAUAGCAAGCCAAUACUUAUGCAGCAUUUUCCUCUUUACCGCCACUCUGAUAAAGCAUGUAAUGAGCCUGAUGAAGCACCAGUACCCCUUAAAAAUAGAGUUUUUAAAGAAAAAUGGGACUGCCUUAGUAAAGAAGCAACUUAUCAACUUAUUAAGCAAAUUAAACCAAGACUUGUUCUUUCUGGUCAUACUCAUCAUGGAUGUACAAGACCUUUACCUACAAAUGAUGGCAUUGAAAUUACUUUUCCAAGUUUUAGUUGGAGAAACAAAAAUAAUCCAAGUUAUGGUUUAUUUGUUGUAAGUCCCGAAAACUAUGCUUUUUCAAAAUGCAUGAUGCCUGUUGAAUCCACCGUAAUAAACAUUUACAUCGUUGGAAGUUCGGCAAUAAUUAUGUGGUGUGUUUAUAAAUAUUAUAGACACAAAAGAGAAAUGAAAUACAAAUAUGUAUAAUUACAAGUUGAUUAUUAAACACAUAAUAAAGAUAGGUAUUACGAU